ACUUGCUUCUUCAAAAACCUCUACCUCAUUGCGCCGGAACAGUAGUUCCAAAAGUAUUUAUUCGGUGGUGCAACUGUGCAAUAAUUUCGCAAAAGGUUUAGCUUUUGAAAAAUUCUGCUGCUUUCUGCACAGUUUAAUUAUAGGCCCAUUUCCCAAGAUGGCUCACAAGGACUCUCAUUAUAAAUUAACAUACUUUAAUUUACGCGGCAUAGCUGAACCCGUUCGGCAAUUGUUUGCCUAUGCCAAUGUGCCGUAUGAAGACGUUCGCUUAGAUCGGGAAAACUGGGCGAACUCUUCGCAGAAACAAGAAUCCCCGUUUCAUCAGCUGCCCUUUCUGGAAGUGGAUGGCCACACCAUCGGACAAAGCAACGCUAUUCUUCGCUUCGUUGGAAAGCGCCUGAAUUUGGCAGGGAAGGACGAAUUCGAACAGGCUCGAGUAGAUGCUUUAGCAGACUAUGCAACCGAUAUGCGCUCUCCCUUAAGCGCGUGGUUUUUUGAGCAAGAUGAAACCCGCAAAAAGGCAAUGAAAGAGAAAUACUUCAAUGAAACUCUGCCGGGAUUUCUUAAGACUUACGAACAGCAUUUAAAAAGCAAUGGCGGACAGUUUUUUGUUGGCAGUGGACCCACAUGGGCAGAUUUCGUUAUUGCCCAUGGAAUGGGACAACUGCAAGUGGUGGAACCCAAUGCCCUCAACGGCUACGAGCUCUUGAAAGCUCACGAGCAGCGAAUCAAUAAUCUGCAAGGUGUUAAAGAAUGGAUCAGCAAACGCCCGAAAACUCCCAUGUAACCUUUGAUCCUGCCAGUGCAAAAGAACCUGUCGCCCCAAAUCCAAUCGUACCGGACACGUUUCCGUGGACUGUGCUAGAACUUGACACUCGUAAUUACAUUUCAUGCACACUGGGAAGGUUUAACAGCAGGUGUUCAACCCGCUUGACUCGUAGCAUUUACUUACUGUUUUGUCAUUAUUUUCUCGUGCUUACUGCAAAAUAAUCCGCGUAUUCACUUAUUAAAAUUUGUAAACAAGA